AUGUCCCCAUUCAAUCGAGCCACACCAGAUCCAGGGACUCGAUUGCAUUCACAUUUUCCCGGUUGUUCAGGUUUGUACUACUACUACUGCAUUGUAGAACAGAGUAGCAGUCGAUAG